CUUUUAAUUUUACUCUCCUUGAUAGCCAGAAGUAGUCAGCUUUUGCUGACUGACUGUGGAGCAGAAGGAAGACGGCCAGAGCUCAAUGACAUUGCAGUGAAGUGUGGCACUUCAUCCAUUGACCUGGCAAUCCAAAUCUGCCCAGUUAUCUACACUGGUUACAAUGAGACACUACUGAUCCUGAACCAUAUGUUGGACCCAGUCUGCAGAGCAACCCUUGAUGAUUCUGUGUCACCACCUGUUGCUCGGUUUAACUUCCCCCUGAAUAUGACUCAUGCCUGUGGAAGCAUAUUUCGAACCACUAGUGCUGCUGGGACAGGCAUAUUUUCUGACUUUUCCAACAUCCAGACCGUCAACAUCAGCGGUGUUGUGCGGUCCGUCGAUCCCACCACAGGCACAAUCACUUACAACGCUGAGCUGAAGUACUACUACUCCUGCGCCUACCCCUUAGAGUAUCUGAUCAACAACACCCAGAUCGAUGUGUCAGCCUCCUCCAUCUCAGUUAAGGACAACAAUGGGAGUUUCAUCAGCACCUUGAGCAUGAAGCUGUUCAGCGAUGUCAACUACACCAAACCGAUGGUCAUUCCACAGCUGGGGAUUGAGCUGAGGACCAGUGUGUAUGUCGAGGUCAAGGCCACCAACUUGACAGGGCAGUACCAUGUCCUGCUUGACAGAUGCUAUGCUUCCAUCUCGCAGCUGCCAUCCAACUCCAGCUUCUUUAACCUGUUUGUUCCCUGCUCCAAGGACCGGUUCACCACUAUGAUCGAGAACGGAGACAGCCAAACUGCCCGCUUCCGCUUCCCGGCCUUUCGUUUCAUCGAGCAGCAGAACGAGACCGUGUCCACCUACUACCUCCACUGCAUUACCCGGCUCUGUGAGAAAAGCACCUGCAGCACAUUCAAGCAGUGUAACAACAGGAGGAAGAGGAGCACCCUAGAUACAACCUCGGAGGGUAUAACCAGGACCUACACCAUCACCUCUCCGGAGAUCGUCACCAAAACCGACACCAACGAGUCCAAAGAGAAGCCUGUGAUCGCUGAUAAAGAAGACGACUCUGCUGUUGGGCUUGGAGUGGCCGUUGGCAUCCUCGCCUUUGCUUGCAUUGUUGCCCUUAGUGUUGCAGCUGUCUUUUACAAGAGGCUCAGGAACUAA